CGGAUCAACUGGCUACGAACACUGCACUGGCACGCCUGGCGUUGCUAGAGCUCGCUCAGAGGAUAAGAGACAUGCGCGCCAAGCUCGCGGUGCCCGUCGCCGGCGCCUCCCCUCGGCCACCGCGCUUACACCCCACGCGGCGCCAGUGCCACAGUCCGCCGCGCCGAGCGCCCAAACUCACCCGCUCCCUGCGCGACGGCAGAGGCGGCGGUGCACCGGCCCCGGCCCCGGCCCCGAGGCGGCGCGCCUGUCCCGCCGUCUGGGCCGCCCUCUUCGGCACGGGGUUCCUCCUGGGCCCGCUCCUCGAUGCCAUCCACUCCCGCGUCGGCCUACAGGUCUACGGCAAUGGCGCCCUCACCGUCGGCCCCCUCCGCACCCACAUCCUGGUUCCGCCCCUGCUCGGCGUGUUCUACCUCACCGUCGGCCUGCUACAACUGUUCUUGGACGAGAGGGCGCCCCAAAAAUCGAAGGCCACCGGGAGCCCGGAGAAGACGGCGACGUCGCUAUUUGUUCUUGCCAUGUUCAUCGAGCUGAGCGCGGAGCUGUACAGAGCAGGGGUGCCCAGCAACGUGGAGGCCUACGUCCUGUUCGCCGCCGCCGAGUUCGUGUGGUUGUUCCUCGACGGCUCCUGGCUCGGCUUCGCCGUCGCCUGCCUCGUCGGCACCGCCUGCCCGCUCGCCGAGAUCCCAUUGAUCAAAUUGCUUGGGUGCUGGAGCUAUCCGAACGCCGACGUCCACCUGCUCGGCGAGGGGCUGGUGAGCUGGACGACGACGUGCUACUUCGUGUACACCCCGUUCCUGGCGAACCUGGCGAGAUGGCUCAAGACACGGUUGGUGGACAGCGCGGGGAGAGACGACGAAGCAGCUCGGCCGUGACAACGGGAACAACAGCAUGUUCAUUUCCUGCUCGGUUAACCUGCAGAACUCCAAACUGAAACAUAUUUUACAACGUUCAGUCGAAAGACAGCCAGUGCAGAGAGGUAUGGAUAGUGCAUAUAACCUUUUUUACGGAGUAACAUCCCUGCCAAUUGUGCACCCUUGUAUAUUUGUUUUUCAAGAACGAAGUAUUUCAUUAAGGAGAGAAAGGAGUUUACAUGA